GAACUAAAGGUUCUCAAAGAAUACAUCAUCAAGUUAGAACGCAUCGGGUUUAUCCAACAAUCCACGUUAGAGGCCGGGGCUCCUAUCAUGUUCGUGAAGAAGAAGGACGGCAGCCUGCGUCCAUGCAUCGAACGGUGCCAAAUCGAUAUUUAA